AUGCAAGUACCUCGACGACUGACCUCUCUCCUGCACGUUACUUCUCAGUUGUGCAGCCAGGAUACCAUGAAACUGGUGCUCUCGAGAGGAGCAUUUCCAGAUAUUCUUGAUACCUAUGGAUGGGCUCCUGUGCACUUGGCGGCUUGGAACGGCAAUACAGAUGCCUUGCGCAUCCUAGUGAACGGAGGCGCCAAUAUCGACCUGAAGAAAAUCUGGAAUGAGCCGCCGCUUUACGACAGGUACCAGACGGAGCAUUCCGGCACGACUCCUCUACACCAGGCAGCUUCCCGAGGGCAUCUUCCAGCGGUAGAAUUGCUGUUGGCGGCCGGGGCAGAC